AUGUCGUGUGAAAGAAUAACUGAUCCUCGUUUAUCUGUGGCCAUUCUCACAGUCAGUGAUACAUGCUCAAAGGAUAUUUUACUUGAUCAAAGUGGUCCUGUUGCUGAAAGCCUGCUUCAAGAGGCAGGAUUUGCUGUUCCAUUGAGAGAUUGUGUCCCAGACGAUCGGGAUAUUAUUCGUUGUGUACUAAUGAGAUGGAUAUCUUCUCGUCAAGUAGACGCUGUAUUUACAUUAGGCGGUACAGGUCCAUCUAGAAAGGAUGUUACUUCGGAUAUAAUUCUUGAAAUAGUUCCUCAAAAUCAACGUCUACCCGGAAUUGAACACUAUCUUUAUUCUAUUUCACUUCAAAACACCCCAAUGGGUGCUUUAUCUCGAUUUGUAGCUGGAGUAUGUAAUGCGACCCUGUUAAUAACAUUACCAGGUAGUGCUCGCGCAGCUUCUCAAUGUAUCCCUGUUAUUCUUCCAAUAGUGAAACAUGCUAUCCAUCAAAUCAAAGGUUGGGAUCAUCUUGUAAAACAGAAACAUCCAAAUCAGUAUAAUAUGGAUAAAAGUAUAUUAACAAGCGCAGAUCCAUCAACUACUACAUACAGUGUUGUUAAUCGUUGUAGACAAUCUAAUUAUCCAAUGAUAUCAGUUGAUGAAGCAAUUAAGAAAAUAUUCACUGUUUGCAAUUUUGAAUUGGGCAUUGAAGCUGUAUUUCAUAAAAAUGCUUUAGGUCGUGUUCUUGGUCAAAGCUUAAAGUCACGUCAAUGCAUUCCUCCAUUUAAUGCAAGUAUAAUGGAUGGAUAUGCUAUUCGAUUUAAUGAUGGUGCUAGUCAGUUGAAAGUUAUUGGAGUGUUAUAUUGUGGCGACGACAAAUGUUCAGCUAGAGAGCUAGUAGUAGUUACUCCAGGCACUUGUGUUCGCGUGAAUACUGGCGGUCCUAUACCUUCUGGAGCUGAUUGUGUCAUUCCAUUAGAAAACACUAAACUUAUUUCUAAACGAAAAGCUGGACCCAUGGAUUUGUAUUCAGAAGAAGAAGAUAUCAUUGAAGUGAUAAUUCCACCUAAAACUAUUGGACAAUUCAUUCGUCCAACUGGUAUUGAUUUAAGCACAAAAGAUAUUUUUCGGCGAGGAUUGCGACUUGGUUCAACGGAAUUAGGUUUGAUUUCUGGUGCAGGCUUGUUAGCGCCUUGGCCAAUUAAUCAUUUAGAUUGUAUUAAAGUAGAUAACGAUCCAAUACCGAACACAGUGUUAGAUCUCCUUUCAAAAGGUGGAUACUUACCUUGUUUAAAACAAUGUAACAUUGCUGUUUUAUCAACUGGAAAUGAGAUUUUAGACUGUGUCUGUGUCUCUGAAAUGAAACCUAUCGUAAGAGACAGUAAUCGGCCUGUUUUAAUCAAUCUACUGUAUAAACAUAACUACUAUAAUGUUAUAGAUUGUGGCAUUUUAAAUGAUGAUCGAAAAUCUCUUAUACUAGGCUUGUCAAGAGCUUUAACUCUAUGUGAUAUUCUUAUUACAACAGGUGGUGUAAGUAUGGGUGAACGUGAUAUGGUUAGCCAAAUAUUAAUUGAACAUUUUAAUGCUACUGUUCAUUUCGGUCGUGUGUUUAUGAAACCUGGAAAACCGACGACAUUUCUGUCGAUACCUCGUCAUAAUAAUAAUAAUAUUAAUAAUAAUCCAGAUGUCACCAAUACUACUUAUACGAACGAUAUAAGUAGUAUAAGAAUGGACGUGAAAGAAGAAGAAGUCUCACGGUCAGAAGAGGAAAACGGAAAGCAAAAAGAGCAAAAGCCUCUCACUACUACUACUACUACUACCACCACCACUAAUCUAAAACCUGUGUUAGCAUUUUGUCUACCAGGUAAUCCUGUGUCAUGUUAUGUCACAGCACAUCUAUUUGUUUUGCCUUUGUUAAGAAAAUUGGAUUUGCGACCACCUGAAGAAUGGUGUUUCCCAAAUAUUCGUGUACAAUUAUUACAUUCUGUUAGGUUGAGUGAUCGUCCAGAUUAUAGACGUGCAAAAUUAAUUUGGAAAAACACUUCAAACUAUCCUAAUCAACCUUCCAUACCUUGUGCAUCUUGUACGAGUAUUGAAAAUCAAAUGAGUUCUUGUCUAGCUAGUUGUCUUGAUGCAAAUCUGUUAUUAGUACUACCACCUAUGAUUGAUGAGAAACCACAAGAAAUUCCUGCUAAUUCUAUUGUUAAUGCUUUGAUUAUUGAUUCUAUAUUUUGA